UUAGUCUCGUUCACCGCCCAUUCGACGUCCAUUAUCCACCGAGAACUUUCGAGAAACGGAGGUGUAACUGCAGUCGAAUAUCUCGCAGUCAUAUUGUCGAUGUAAACUCACUCCAAUCAAUUUCCCGACGUUAUUCGUGGUGCAUUGAAGUAAUCAACUAUCAAAUCGUUACCAGCGAGUUAUUUGUCUCAUCUAGUCGUUCGAACUCAACCAUCAAUUGCGUUUCGUAAUUAAAUUCGCCACUUUAUUCCAUACAAAAUCCACUUGAAGGUUGUCAUUCACCUAUAGAUAUAAUCCCACGUUGACGAAUCAAAUCGACUCUAAAAGGUUUCUGAAGAAAAUUCCAGUUUUUUGGAGGCACUGAGACCAUAGAGAGCAAGAUGGUGAAGGAAACGACUUUCUACGAUAUUUUAGGGGUUAAACCCAACUGUCCGCAAGAAGAUCUGAAGAAAGCCUAUAGAAAAUUAGCUCUUAAAUAUCACCCUGAUAAGAAUCCAGAUGAGGGUGAGAGGUUCAAGCAAAUUUCUCAAGCAUACGAAGUCCUUUCAAAUCCGGAGAAGAAACGUAUUUAUGACACUGGAGGAGAGCAGGCUCUCAAGGAAGGUGGAAUGGGCGGUAGUUUUUCAUCCCCAAUGGAUAUAUUUGAUGUAUUCUUUGGUGGUGGUGGAAGUGGCUCACGUAGCAGAAAGUAUAAGGGAGAUAAUGUUGUCCAUCGAUUGUCCGUUUCACUCGAGGAACUCUACAAGGGUACCACCAGGAAGCUUGCAUUGCAGAAGAGUAUUAUCUGUGAUAAAUGUGAAGGAUACGGUGGAAAGAAAGGCGCGGCGCAGCAAUGUAGCACCUGUCAUGGUACUGGAAUCGUUGUACAGAUUAAUCCAAUUGGCCAAGGAGUUGUUCAGCAGAUCAGGGGAUCCUGCGGCAACUGUGAUGGAAAGGGAGAGUACUUUUUCACACGGGAUCGUUGCAAGCAGUGCGCUGGAAGGAAAUUAAUGAGGGAGAGAAAAAUUCUCGAGGUGCAUGUUGACAAGGGUAUGAUCGAUGGGCAGAGAAUAGUUUUCAGUGGUGAAGGUGAUCAAGGGCCUGGACUGGAGCCUGGCGAUAUCGUCAUCAUUCUUGACGAGAAGGAGCACCCUAUAUUCAAACGUUCAGGCCAUAAUCUCCUCAUGACAAUGACUCUGAACCUGGUGGAGGCACUGUGUGGAUUCCAGAAAGUUGUACGUACCCUGGACGAUCGAGAUCUUCUGAUAACAUCACUCCCUGGUAGUGUCGUAAAGCACGGUGAUCUCAAGUGCAUUAAAAAUGAGGGAAUGCCAAUCUACCGUGAUCCAUUCACACGUGGAAAACUCACAAUUCACUUCACCCUUGAGUAUCCAAAAACAAUUGAUUCAGCAAUUGUAACGAAACUUGAGCAAAUUCUCCCACCGAGAGAGCAAAUAAUGAUUCCGGAUGGAGCUGAGGAGGUAAUACUUGAGGAGUUUGAUCCAAUAGCUGAUGCCCAGGAGCAACGAGAUCGUGGUGAAGCGUAUGACGAGGACAAGGGAUCGUCCCGAGUCCAAUGCGCAACGAACUAAUUUCAAAUUUGUAAUAAUGUCAACGCAAAAUACAAAAUCGAGACCACUUUUUAACUCCAGAAGAUAAACCAACAAACAAUAAUGAAUCGAUGAUCCAAAUAAUUAUCCUGACGAGUGAUUUAUGUAUUGAGUCGAUACAAAAGUUAUAGGCAAUCCAGGAUCUAGGUCAUAAUUGUUAGAAGAUAUUCAACUGAAAUUAGAUGAUAUUCAACUGACGAUUUCACAGCUGAGGGAAUUCAAAUAAUUGAUAAUCUGCCGAUUCAAUGAUAAAAGUAAAAGACUAGUGCAAAAGUAAUGAAUACUUCCAUCGACUGGAACUCCAAUGAAUUAUUGACAAACAAAUUAUACGAAAAAGGAAUAAUACCUCUAAAGACGAUCAGUCAUAAAUUGGCGUAUUAUACUGGCAGUAUUCGCAGCUAAAAAUUGUCAUUCACACAGACUAAAUACUAUUCAAAAAACUGCAGACUCAUCUAUAUUUUUUCCUCAGCUGUUGCAUUAAAAUCGAAGACACGAGGGAUAAAAAAACUGUGAACAAUCGCUUGUCAUGACUUAAUCGCGAAUGGCAUCAAGCCAAGUUGGCUUUGCUCCUUACAAAGUCCACGACUAAACUGUAGAAAAUACCACAACAAAAUGUGCACUUUACAUUAUGGAAAACAAUAUUAGAUGAAUUAAUUGAAUUUCAAUAAAACAGAGGAUUAAAUAACAACAAAUGAUCAAUGGAUUAAUAGUACUCUGCAUCUUCGAAUUGAUCCCAUCACCGAUUAUUGGAUGUUUCUUCCACAUGUUUAAAUAUCAUUUUGGAAUUGUCACUGAAAUUUUAGAAUCAUGAUGACUCAGCUAUGUCGUCCGAUAGGUUUUUCUCUUCUCCUUUUUUUUGGUACUUUUUAAGUAUAGAAUUAAGGAAAACAAAUAAUAAUUGUCGCUCGGCGGUAAUUCUGCCAAUUAUCGGUACCCUAGAUUCUUUCUUUUAUAGAUACAAAGAAAAAAUAAUGAAAUAACUGGAGAGUGGAUAAAGAUAUUUUUAGGCGAGGCUUUUAUCAUUGGAGUAAGAACACUUGACUAGCCGCUGAGCUUUAAUCAUAGCGUGAAAAAUCAUUAAUUUAACUGCAAGAAUGGUCAUUCAUUCCAAGGUCGGCCGAGGUCUUCAUGUAAUUAGAAAUUAAAUAGUUUAACUCAUGUCGUGGAAAAUGAUAAAGAAUCAGUCGAUUGUUAAAAAGUUUUCCAGAGUGAAAUUGAGUGAAAACCAUUGUAACUAUAUAAAUACUUUGUACUCGUUACACCAAUUAUUUAUCAAGAGUCACGAAUACAUUGUAUACUGCGUACAUUAAUGAGGACGAUGUUACGAUUUUUUUUUUUCUGUCGUAAAAUCAUCAUUUGAGGACUGAGGGAGUUAAACUAAACGAACGUCAACUGAUAAAUAUCUGUAAUCUAUUAAAUGGAGAAAAUGCAAUACUGUA